AUGGAGGACGAAACUCAUUCAACACCCCCUUUUCACAGUUUCCUCUAUCUUCAUCCUGGCGAGAAUCCUGCCACUGCGCUUGUAUCACCUGUUCUUGAUUCAGGCAAUUAUCAUUCAUGGAGUAGAUCCAUGCUUACUGCUCUUAGUGCCAAAAACAAGAUGGAAUUCGUGGACGGGAAUGCUCCACAACCGCCUAAGUCUGAUGUUACUUAUUCUGCAUGGCGUCAAUGUAAUAAUAUGGUUGUCUCUUGGCUUGUACAUUCAGUUUCUCCUUCUAUUCGUCAGAGUAUACUUUGGAUGGACAAAGCUGAUGAGAUUUGGAAUGAUCUUAAAUCAAGGUACUCUCAAGGUGACCUCCUUCGUAUUUCAGAUUUGCAGUAUGAAGCUUCUUCCCUUCAGCAGGGAGACCUUUCUGUCACUGAGUUCUUCACAAAACUUAGGAUUAUUUGGGACGAAUUGGAAAAUUUUAGGCCAGAUCCUACAUGUUCAUGUACCCACAAAUGUUCUUGCAAUGUUUUACCCACCAUUGCUCAAAGGAAGCGAGAAGAUCAAGCCAUGCAGUUCUUACGUGGAUUAAAUGAACAAUAUAGCAAUGUUAGAUCUCAUGUUCUCCUCAUGGACCCCAUUCCUCCAAUUUCUAAGAUUUUCUCCUAUGUUGCUCAACAGGAACGCCAGCUUUUGGGGUCUAAUUUUGUUGCCAAUACGGUUACAAAAACUGCUGCAAUCAAUGCAACUGCUUCAUCUUUCACAUGUACCCACUGUGGUUACAAAUCCCCGACUGGCAAGACUUCCAUUGUAAACAACACGGUGACUGAUGAAUGUAAGGCCAGUGAUCAACAGCAAGCUAUUCCAAACCAGGAUUAUCGCUUCACUCCUCAGCAGUAUCAAAUCUUGAUGGGUUUAAUACAACAGUCAACCAAUAGCAGCUCAGCUUCUCCUUCUUCACAUAUAAAUCAUGUUGGUUCUGUUUCUUCAUGUUCCACACAGCCCUCACCAUCCCCAGGUAAUUGUUUUUCCACCUCUGUCAGCACAUACAAUCUCACCUCUUGGGUCAUUGACUCUGGAGCCACUGAUCAUAUAUCUUCUUCCCUUUCAAAUUUCUUUUCGUAUCGUUCCAUUAAUCCUAUUGUCGUCAAGCUACCCACAGGUCAACAAGAUCUGAAAACCAACGAGAAGAUUGGUACAGUUGAUGUAAAUGUUGGACUCUACACCAUGACCAUUGCUGCCAUUCAACCCUCUAUAUGUUCUACUCCUUCUCCUUCUAUUUCUUCACCCGAAUCUGCUCAUUCAACCCCUGCUCCUCGUCGGUCUACUCGUUCACAUCAUCCACCUUCCUAUCUUCGAGAUUUUCAUGUGACACUUACAUCAACUGGAUCACCAUCUUCUCCAGUUCGCCUUCUUCUCUCAUUAGCUGCAAUUCAUAACUGGUUUCUUAAACAAUUGGACAUCAACAAUGCAUUUUUGCAUGGUGAUCUCAAUGAGGAAGUAUACAUGCAUCUUCCUCCUGGUUUACCCUCCACUAAAUCGGGACAAGUUUGCAGGCUAAAUCGUUCCUUGUACGGGCUCAAACAGGCCAGCCGUCAGUGGUAUGCCCGCCUCUCAACGUUUCUUUUGACUCAUGGAUAUACACACUCUUCUGCAGAUCAUUCUUUGUUUUUGAAGUUUACAGAUUCUACUAGUACAGCUCUCCUAGUUUAUGUUGAUGACAUCGUUCUUGCUGGGAACAACCUCAUUGAAAUACAACGCAUCACUACUCUUCUUGAUCAAGCUUUUAGAAUCAAAGAUCUUGGAGAUUUAACCUAUUUUCUUGGUCUUGAGGUUGCUAGAAACAACACUGGUAUUCAUCUGAGUCAACGUAAAUAUACACUUGAUAUUCUUUCUCACACUGGCAUGUUAGCUUGUUGCCCAUCAUCCACCCCAAUGGAUUAUAAAACUGGUUUAUCUGCUGAUACUGGUACCCCUUUGACUGAUCCCUCUUCUUAUCGAAGGUUAAUUGGGCGCUUGAUUUAUCUCACCAACACUCGGCAUGAUAUUGCUCACGCUGUCCACCAUCUUAGUCAAUUUGUUUCUCAGCCCACAUCUUCUCAUCAACAAGCUGUUUUUCGUAUACUUCGAUAUUUGAAACAAGCCCCUGGACAAGGCAUUUUUCUUGCUGCAGACAGCUCCCUUCAAUUGAAAGCCUUCAGUGAUUCUGACUGGGCGGGUUGCAUAGACACUCGACGUUCUGUCACAGGUUUUUCCGUUUAUAUUGGACACUCACUCAUUUCAUGGAGAUCAAAGAAACAACCCACUGUAUCACGCAGUUCAUCAGAAGCAGAAUAUCGAGCUCUUGCUUCCACCGCUUGUGAAAUUCAAUGGCUCACAUAUCUUUUAGAAGAUUUUCGCAUCUCCUUCACUCGACCUGCUCUCCUCUAUUGUGACAACCAAUCUGCUCUCCAAAUCGCAUCCAACCAGGUGUUUCAUGAACGAACGAAACACAUCGAAAUAGACUGUCAUCUCCUUCGAGAAAAAGUGACCAAUGGUUUACUCAAACUGCUGCCUGUGUCAUCCUCCUCUCAACUGGCUGACAUUUAUACCAAAGCUCUAUCUCCUUCUCGUUUUAAAGAGCUGUGUUCCAAGCUGGGAAUGUCCAAUAUCUACUCCCAGCUUGAGGGGGGAUCUUAA